CAAAUCUUAAGCAAUCAGUGACAGAGUUUAAGCACAAGUUGCCUGUCAUCGUAGCCCUGGGAAACCCUCAUCUCAAGCCCAGGCAUUGGGAGGCUCUCCAGGAAAUCACUGGGAAGUCCGUUACCCUUUCCAAAAGCCAUACAAUCGAGGACCUUCUAAACCACCAGGAUCUUGUGCAUGAAUGGACUAAUAACCUGACUGUGUUCUCUUAUGCCCUUGAGGAAUGGAUGACUUGUCAACGAAACUGGCUUCAUGUUGAGCCAGUCUUUAACUGUCUAGAAAUACAAAGGCAGCUCCCAGAAGAAACAAAAGUUUUCUCUCAGGUGAUUUCCACAUGGAAAGAAGUAACAUCCAAACUACAAAACAGACUGAAUGCUUUGCAAAUAAUCAUCUCCAAAAGAAUACCCGAAAUUCUGAAAAAUUGUAAUAAACAUCUUGAAUUUAUAAAGAAAAGGCUUGAGGACUACCUUGAAAUGAAAAGGAUGAUUUUCCCCAGGUUUUACUUCCUCAGCACCAAUGAGCUGCUUGCGAUCCUAGCCGGCAGCAGAAACCCUGAGUCUGUACAGCCUCAUCUAGUGAAGUGCUUUGAGAAUGUGAAGCAGCUGAUGAUAUGCAAGCAAGAGAUCGGCCCCUCUACCAUAAGGAUGCUCAUGUCUGCUGAAGGCGAAGGCCUCGUGCUGCACAAGAAAAUUCACGUAAGAAGUGCUGUAGAACAGUGGCUGGCAAAUGUAGAAAAAAGCAUGUUUGAGGCGUUAAAAAAAGUCAGAUCAUGUUUUGUUCCGACUGCAUUAAAAGUUUCAUGAGUUAUCAACCAAAAGAAGCAUUGGAAAAAGUCCGUGCCGGCGUGUUAGGUCGUGUAGAACAGCUUGCAGAACUGAUGCUGCGGGACGCUUGUAACUCCCGAAGGAAAGCCGUGCUUGGGGCCUUGCUCAUCCUGUAUGUUCACUGCAGAGACUUGGUGAUAAAUUUACUGCUUAG